AUGGGCGCCAGGCUACUGAGAUCAGACGCCUCGCAUGGGGAGUUUCCAUUUUUGGUGUCCUUGCGUCGCCCCUUUGUCGGAUAUCCCGGUGAGCAUCACUGCUGCGGCGGGACCCUCCUCUCGCCCUGCUGGGUCGUCACCGCUGCUCACUGCACCACCGCCGUAACAACAGUGGUGGCGGGACUGCACAAGCGAAACGGGAACAGCUGGUUUACUCCAUCAGAGACGGAGCACGCGGUGAUUGAUUGGAUUCAGCACCCGGAUUGGGAUCCCGACAAUCUUCUCCCCUCAAAAAAUGAAGCCGACAUCAUGCUGCUAAAGCUUGGGAACUGCGUGACGACGACGUCGGAGGCCGCACCCGUCGACGCCCUCGACGGACCGGGCUACACGGACCUGCAGGUUCCUGGAAGGUUGCUGCAGGUCGCUGGCUGGGGGCUCCUCUCCAGCAGGGGGGAGCUUGAAGGCUCGGCUGCGGACGUGCUCCAGAAGGCCAUCGUCCCCGUGGUCAGUCGCUCAGCCUGCCGCUCUGCAUACGAGGGCGUCGACGGGUGCAGUGGCGGCUCCUGUGUGACGCUCAACAUGCUAUGCGCGGGGUAUGACGAGGGCGGGAUCGGCUCAUGCGAUGGCGACUCAGGCCGCCCGCUCUUCCAUCAAGAUCCCCAAGAGGGGUACGUGCUAGUCGGUAUCGUCAGCUUUGGAACCACCGCUGGGUGUGCCGUGCCCGGUGUCCCGGGGGUCUACACACGCGUGGCCUCGUAUGUCAACUGGAUAGAGAACAACGCCCCUUACGACGGCCUCGCAUACGCAUUGAACCCUCGAUCAGUGCCUACGCUGCGAGUGGAGUUGUGA